AUGGUAAAGCUCACUAUAUUGAAGUUACAAAGAUCUUCCAUUGGUCUUUCAAAAGGAAUCCGGGAUGUUAUUCAAUCUUUGGGACUAGGAAAGCGCCAUUCGAUUGCGUAUUGUGAAGCCAAUCCUGUGUCUGCUGGUAAAAUAUUCAAGGUAAAGGAAUUGGUGAGUGUAAAUGAAGUGGAAAACAAGAUGUCCAAGUACGAAGAACGGAAAGCCAGAGCUCCUCCUAGUGGAUUUACGGUUGUGAAUCGACGAUUUCCUACGGCCUAA